GUCUUUAUUUGAAAGACAUGCAUUUGAAAACAUGGACCCUAGGGAACAUCCGGAACUUAAAGAGGUCGCAAAACAAAUUGCAGCUAAGUGCAAAGGACUGCCCUUAGCUCUGAAGACGGUCGCUGGCAUAUUAUGCUCCUAAUCAGAAAUUGAAGGGUGGAGACGUAUUUUGAGAAGUGAAAUAUGGAAGCUGCCUAACAAUGACAUAUUACCAGCGUUGAUGUUGAGCUACAAUGAACUUUCCCCACAUUUAAAGCCAUGUUUUUCCUUUUGUGCAAUAUUUCCUAAAGAUUAUCCAUUUAGGAAAGAACAAGUUAUUCAUCUGUGGAUUGCUAAUGGUUUUGUAGAACAACAGGGAGAUGAAAGAAUUCAAGAUUUAGGCAACCAAUACUUUGAUGAGUUGAGAUCAAGAUCGUUGUUUGAAAGGGUCCCAAAGUCUUCUGAAAGAUAUGGGGGGAAAUUCUUAAUGCAUGAUCUUGUCAAUGAUUUGGCCCAAAAUGCAUCUUCAAAACUUUGUGUCAGGUUGGAAGAUUGCCAAGGAUCUCAUUUGUUGGAACAAAGUCGGCACUUGUCAUAUUCAAUGGGAGAAGGUGGUAACUUUAUGAAAUUGAAUCUGCUUUCCAAGUCAGAGCAGCUGAGGACAUUGCUUCCAAUAGAAAUCCAGAGCCUUUUCCACCCUAGGCUAAGCAAGAGGGUGCUGCAUAACAUACUGCCAAGUCUAAGAUCCUUAAGGGCAUUAUCAUUGUCAGGUUAUGGGAUUGUGGAGCUGCCAAAUGACUUGUUUAUCAAAUUAAAGCUCCUCAGAUUUUUGGACCUUUCUCGGACACAGAUGAUGUCAUUGAGUAUUGAAGAUUGCAAAAAGCUGAAGCAGCUGCCAGAACUCCUUCCCUCUCUUAAGGAACUGCCACUCUACGUUGUCCAGAAAUAGAGUCCUUUCCUGAUGGAGGAUUGCCCUUCAAUUUACAAAUCCUUGACAUCAGGCGUUGCGAGAAACUGGUGAAAGGCCGAAAGGAGUGGCGUUUACAGAGACUCCUCUCUCUCAGAGAGUUGUACAUCUUCCACAAUGGCAGUGACGAAGAGAUUGUUGAUGGUGAGAAUUGGGAGUUGCCUUGCUCUAUUCGAAGGCUUUUCAUAGGCAAUCUGAAAACAUUAAGCAGUCAAGUUCUCAACAGCCUCACUCUCUUGAAUCCCUACGGACUUUUAAUUUACUUCAAGUUCAGUCACUUCUGGAAGAAGGGCUUCCCUCCUCUCUUUCUGAGCUAUAUUUAUGGGACCAUGAUGAGCUCCAUUCACUACCGACCGAAGGUCUUCGGCACCUCACUUCGCUUCAAAGUCUAGACAUCAGCAGAUGCCAUCAACUUCAAUCACUUCCCCAAUCAGCUCUGCCCUCCUCCCUCACUGAGCUGACCAUCUGGAAAUGCCCUAAUCUCCAAUCACUUCCAGUAAAUGGGAUGCCCUCUUCCCUCUCUAAAAUUGACGAAUGCCCACUGCUCGAACCACUCGUAAAAUUUGACAAGGGGGAGUACUGGCCAAAAAUUGCUCAUAUUCCUGAAAUUAUACCCGUGUUUCAAUAGGUAACCGCGAAUGCCUGUGAUGAUAAAUAAAAACGAAGAUCCCACAGAUGAGUUGUUCAAUCAAUUUGCGGAAUCAUUUGGAAGGGCAUGAAUUCUCGAAAAAACAAAACACCUAAUGCACAAUGAGGUAUACUUUGCUUAUUCCUUGUAAGAAAACUGCAUCAAACUUGGAAAGCAAAAAAAAGAAAAGUUGAAAGAAGAUUUUCAAACACAGUUCUUUUUUUCAUUAAGUAGCUUUAUUCGUUGAUCUUCGACGAUUCAACAACAUGACAUUUGAUAGGUAGUACUAAUGAUUGAUGAAUGUUGACUUGAAAAUCAGCAUUGAUUUGCAUCGGAAAUGAAGUUAAAAGUUAUGAUAUUAGAACUAUGCCAAAUGUUUGAAUGAGAACUCAUAGAGUUGGGGACUAGGAACCGAAUUUCGUGCAAAUACAAUUGUCUAUUUGUGUAUUAUAUAAAUCUAUGUGAGAUGUUUAACAAUCGAAAAACCUUCAGUUCUUGAUUAAUUUUGAACCAGUGAUAUCAGAGAUGAAUUAACAGCCUUGACAUUGCUCUGUUCUUCUAGCUUUGUCAGCAUUAGAAAUUGCUUGUGAUCGAUAUAUGGCAUUAAAAUUACUUUACUCGGAAUUCAGUUAAUUAGGAUCCAUCAUGAGUAAAAAAGUUGUUUCAUUUAACACACAAAAGAACAUGUUGUACUUUUAUGGUUAUAGAUAAUAAGGAAAUAUAUUUCCUUAUAAUUCUUAGGAUUUUGACAAGGCUCAACGAUUAUUUGGGAAGUGAAAAGAUUCAUAGGACUCUCUACUGAAGUAAAGUUGUUGAAUCUUUUAAGUAGUAUUCGUUCUUACUUGAGAUGAAGCAUAACUUGCUGCAAAUGGAACAUACAGUUCUAAUGGAACCCAAAGAGGUACAAAGAACAAGUUGUUUAAUGUACCACACAAGAGACGUAUUGUACUUUACGGUUAUUAUAAAUAUAUUACAUGUUCAUUGUUAGGAUUUGGACAAAGCAC